UGUAUUUGACAGUUUUGAACAGCCUCUCUGGUUUUGGACCGUUUCCUGCCUCAUGGCCUCAAAGGAGCUGCAGGCGGCUUUGUGCCGCUACACCACAGAAACCCUUAACCACAUCAAAACAGUGAGAAGAUUCUGUAAGAGGAUCUCUGAAUGGAUGCUCAGGAUGGAGAUCGAAACGAUCCAUCUGCUGGACAUUAAAGACAGAGCUGAUAAAAUUAAUAUGAUCUUCAGCCACGUCUCAAAUGUAAAGAGAAACGUUGAGGUUUUGUGGGCGUACAUGAAGAGCACGGUGACAAACAGCCGUGCAGAUCUGGAGACGGAGCUGGCUGCGGUGCUUGCAGACACUCUGGGAGGUUUGGUGGAGCUGCACCACUUCCUGGAGGCAGUGGAGAAGCUGGCGGUCACCUCACGUCAUGUGUUCAUGGACGAGAACCAGGUGUUACACCUGCCUCAGGGGAUCAGCCUUGGACAUGUUCAGGUGGUCAUAACUGCUGCACGACUAAUCUGCCCUCUCCUCCUCGAGUUUAAAAGAGAUGCAAGUGUCUUCUUCCUCCCCAAACUUCAGAAUGUGGAAGUGCUCUCAUACCAACUGGACAAAUACAUAAAGACCGCCCACAAAAUCUGUGAGAAGUUUAAGAGAAGCUGUAUCAGGGACCUCCGUCUGAGGAUGAAUAACAAACCUCUGGUGGACCUCGAUGUGGAUUUGUCCAGAGAUGAAAUACAAAGUAUGCUUCGUCACAUUAAUCAGCUCGAUAAAAUCAGGAUGGACCAGAACUACAGGCUGGUGUUCUUGUUCCAGGAAGUAUCCUGUUCUGGCUUCAUCAGUGAGUUCAACAAGCGACAGUCCAGGAUGCUGCAGUUCCUAACAGAGCUGGAGGAGGUCGCUGUUCAGCUAGACAAGAUAAACAAAGAGGCAAAGAUCUCCAGUGUGGCAGGCAGCUCAGUGGGGGCAGUUGGAGGAGUACUUUCCACUGCUGGUUUGGCAUUAAUUCCUGUCACAGCAGGAGUGUCUCUAGGUCUGAUAAUAGGUGGGACAGUGCUGGGAGUUUCCAAUGGAGUCUACAGGAUGUUCAGCACCGUCACAGAGAUGAGAGGAAACCACGCACAACAGCAGAAAGCCAACGGGGUCUUCCAGAGUUUCAUGGAGGAUGUGCAGAGUCUCCAGUGUUGUCUGGAGGAGGUGAGCAGUCAACCACUGACCAAAAUAGAAGCCAGUAAGAUAGGCGUGGCAAUGGGAGUCGGCCGGGUGCUCAAUAAAGUACGUACCGUUGCAAAAGGUGUUGAGUCACUCGUUGAUGCUGCUUCUGCUGCUCAGGUACUGGAAAGUGAAGAGCUGAUUGCAAUUGUUGGCGGAGUCUUAGUGCCAGAAUGUAAGGCGUUACGUGACGUGCCCAAGGUGGCGUCAGAUAUCCCGGAUAUCGUUCAGGCAGCCAAAAGCCCUCUUUCCCUUUGUGAGGCAGGCGUAGUACGUCUCAUGAGGCUAAAUGCUCUUUUUCUGGGCAUGGAUGUCUUCUUCAUCUGUAAGGAUAGUUACAGUCUGGCCAAAGGCAGCCAAGAUUACUUUUCACAGUUCAUCAGAGCCAGAGCUGCACUUUGGAGCUCAGAGAUGGACUCAUGGAAGAAGAUCCAUGACUCCCUGUGGAGAGGUCUGUUGACAUCAGAGAAACAGGACGCUCUCCUGGACAAGCAGUUUUAUCCAAGGAGGCAGAUCAAGAAGCUUCAAUGUGAAAUCACAAACCGAGAAAGAGACCCGCCGGUUCACCGUGCCACGGUCACGCUCGGCCUCACCACUCAUGAAAACAACACGGUCCGUCGUCACGUUAGCAAAAACAAACAUGCAACUUUCACACUACACUACAGUACACUUUCAAAAUAAAGGCCCAACAAAUACUUGAUUGGCUGCUUGCUUCAUAGACGUCUCAAACCCUGCUGCCCUUGGUAAAGGUCCUAUAAGUGAACCUCCCAAGGGGUUGGAUGCUGCAGCAGACUUUCUGGAUAUUAAUAUUACAUUUGUCCCUUGUCCUCAUUAUUAUCACCCCUGCUGGUACUGCACCUUUAUACACUUGUGCACCUUUCAUGCCAAGGCAGGGUGAGCCACUACACUCACAUGCUGUCCUUAGAGUUUUGACAUGCUUUGGCACGACACUGGGCUGGAAGCAUGGAGAAAGACAAUCAAUAUCUGAUCAAUUCGAUGAAAAACAAAAUAAAAGUAGGGCUGUGUAGGUCUGUGUCUGCUGGCACUGCGUGCCAAGAAGUAUGAGAGAAACAUCACAAUCUCUGAUCAUCCUCAAUCAUUCAAUUGUAUAUUUUGGAGAUACUUUUAUUAGCUUUGAUUCGUACGAAGUAACGAUUUCACUGUCAUAUUUUAAAUGAUUAUAUCACCAGAAUGUCUCUAUAUAUAAUGUAACUUUCUUCAGUUAAGAUUACUUUAGUGUGUGCACAUGACAUUUAGUAAUAAAUGCUUUAACUGAUUAACAUUUUAUGUGAAAAUAAAUGUUUAUAUGUUUGCUGUAGGUCUAAGAGCUUCCAUUUGUAGUCACUUGCCAUAAAUAAUUUGAUUACUGAUCUGAAGAUAUACAUGACGUCAAUUCAUACCAGCAACUGGGUUAAAUGUUCAUUUUUUUAUUUUAAAGAACUAUACAUUGUAUAAUAGGGAACAGUGUACCUGUUAAGAUUUAUCUUUGAAGUGUUCUAUUGUUGCAGUGCUUUGAAUGUAUAAUGUAAUCUUGCCUCAUUGUCUGUAUCACCCAUGUGGUAAAUGGUGCUGACAUCAUUCUGUAAUGUGUAUCUGAACACUGGAGCUGAAUAUGAAGUCUCCAAUCAACCAUGAUCAAACUUUAUUGUCAUUAUACAACACAGGAUUGAACAAUGAAGUACAGUCAUGGCUCUUUAUACAAACAGAAAUGGUGUAAAUUAUUUCUGUCCUGUUCUAUGGGAUUACUAUCUUAAAGUAUUCAGACAGAGGAAAAGAUCCAAACAGGAAAUUCUGGGCAAUCUUUGGUUAUUCAGAGAGUUUUUGUAGCCAUCAACAAGCAUUAAUGGUGGGACAUGGUUGCAGCUAAAAAUAUACAGUGCUUAU